AUGGAGAAGAUCGAGUCGGCCGCCAGCGAAUGGCCGUCGUUUGCGGCGCGCGGCAAGUCCAACCUCGACCUGGUCAACGACUGCGACAACUUCCCGCGCCCCGACCUCGACAAUGACGCCUACACCGACGCCGUCGCCGGCCUGUACACGCUGCACGUCGCCGACCACCACGCAACCCUGGGCUUCGUGCGCCCGCACGUGGCCGAGACGCUGUCGGGCCUGCCGGCAUGGGACGUGUCGCCCGAGUCGCAGACGCUGAUCCUGGUGUCGGGCAUCGACGAAGCCGAGCGCACCGCAAUCGUCGCCGCCACCACGGCCGCCAUGCGCCAGACCCGCCACUUUGCCCUGCUCAACAAGGGCUGGCGCGGCGAGCUGUACCCCGUUUACGGCAACGCCGGCGAGCUGCUCUUCCGCAUCGAGCGCGCCGCCACCCCGCUGUUCGGCGUGCUGGCCUGCAGCGUCAACCUGACCUGCUACGUGCGCGACCGCGACCGCGACACUGACCGCUACCGCUUCUGGGUCCCGCGCCGCGCCCGCUCCAAGCCCACCUACCCGGCCAUGCUCGACAACACCCUCGCCGCCGGCCUGCCCGCCGCCGAGAAGCCCAUGGACGUCCUGGCCCGCGAGGCCGAGAGGGCGACCGCCCUGCCCGCCGACGUCGUGCGCGCGAGGGCCAAGGCCGUGGGCAACGUGUCGUAUUUCUUGGUCCGCGACUCGCGCGCCGGCGGCGAGACGGGGCUGCUGCAGCCCGAGUCACAGUUUGUGUACGACCUGGAGCUGCGCGACGACGACGGCAUCGAGCCGCGGCCCACCGACGGCGAGGUCGAGGGCUUCGCGCUGCUGUCGACGCCCGAGGUGCAGGCCGCCCUCUCCAGAGGCGAGUUCAAGCCCGACGCCGCCCUCGUCCUCCUCGACUUCUUCAUCCGGCACGGCAUCUUGACCCCGGAGAACGAGCCGGAUUACGUCGAGAUCGUGUCGAGGCUGCAUCGCCGCUUCAGAUUUCCCGUGCCGAGAAGUAUCGGGCAUUGA